ACGAAUUUACAACCAGUUCACCAAGUCUAAUAUAUGUAAAAAUUCUUUCCACAUCUGCAGAUGAUGAAGGCACAGAUGUAGAUCAGAACAUUCUAGAUGCUCUUCUCUUCAACACCUCUCGUAUCGGGCACGGCUUUGCUCUGGCACACCACCCUCUCGCCAAAGAGCUUUCCAGGAAGAGGAACGUAGCUGUGGAGCUUUGCCCAAUCUCUAACCAGGUGCUGAAGCUGGUGUCGGAUAUGAGGAACCACCCUGCAGCCGUUCUGAUGUCCGAGGGUCACCCUCUGGUGAUCAGCUCAGACGAUCCCGCUCUCUUCGGCUCAACUGGACUCUCCUACGACUUUUACGAAGCUUUUGUAGGAAUCGGAGGUCUGAAGGCAAAUCUGGGCACCCUGAAAGAGCUGUCCGCCAACUCCAUCAGGUCAGUUCAUGAU